AGCUCUUCACUCCUCUCUCCUCAACCUGUUCGCACUCUCACUCUCUCCUUUGAGGGAUCUGGACUUUUUUUUGUCUUUCAACAGAAAAAAAUGGCUUUGUCACAGAAAAGUUGCACUCUCCUGUUUGCCGUUGUGGCUGCAGUUUGCAUUCAGCUCUUCCAAGCUCAUGACGUUCCUGCACGCUGCUCAUGUCCCGGCACAAUCAAGUUCAUCAGAGGCAACAUCUCAGAUUUCCAAGUGCUUGAGAAGCGAUCUGGAUGCGACAGAAAAGAAUUAAUUGUAACCAUAAACAACGCAGAUAACUCCACGAACCAGUUCUGUAUGAAUCUUGAGGGAAGGAUGGCCAUGGCUUUUUUGAGAUGCUGGGAAAGGAUAAACAAAGACGAGAGCCGUAAGAUGGAGUGUAUCCACAGGAAACGAAAGGCAGAGUGAGAGUCCAAGGGGCCUGACAGAGGGAGGAAAGUUAUCUGGAAUGGAUUCCCAGAGGUGACAUGAAGACUGAGCCCACGAGCCUAAGAAUGCUGAGAGCAGAGCUUUAACUGAACUCCUGCACUGGAGAGGACUGGGAAAUGACAGCGAGGGGGGAAAGGCAGGAAGAAUGGAACUGAUGAACACUUAUGAUUCAGAAAGUGCAGAAAAUUGAAUAAAGAAGGGGACAGACAACGAUGAAACUUUGUACCAUAAUAGCAGCAAGCCUGUGUAAGAAGACCCCUGUUGAAAUGUAUACACCUUUAUUUUUUUAGCUUGUCCAUAAAUAUUAUUUAAGCAGACUUAUUUAUUUGUCAAUUUCUAUUUGUUAUUUUUUUCAUUUUUUUUUAUUUUUUACAAAUGUUUGAAUCAAAGUAAAUAAAGAUUUUGUCACAAC